AUGAUGAUGAUCAAAUCAAUUUUUGUUUCAUUUAUCAUUGCCUCUGUACUCUUAACAAGUGUUUUUGCUGAAGUUGGUGGAAAAAGAACUUUAGUUGUUCUCGAAAACCUUUCACAAAAAAAUUUAUAUUCAACAUUUUUUAAAACUUUAGAAAAGAAAGGUUAUGAAUUAGAUUUCCAACCAGCAACUACCGAAGUUGUUUUAGAAAAAUAUGGUGACUUUAAUUAUGAUCAUUUAGUUUUAUUCGCACCAACUUUAGAAUCAAAAACUAUUACAUCAAAUGCAGUUUUAAAUUUCAUUGAUGGCGGUAAUAAUGUUUUAAUUGCUGGUUCAAAUAAAAUUUCAGAAACCAUUCGUGAUAUUGCUCAAGAAUGUGGUAUGGAUAUUGAAGAAGAUAACACUUUAGUUUAUGAUCACUUUAACUAUGAUAAGUCACAACCAGAUCAUUCUUUACUUGUUGCAGAUCAAUUUAUUCAAGAUUCACCAAUUAUUUUACAAGGUUUAGAUAAACCAGUUAUUUAUAAAGGUAUUGGACACAAAAUUAGAUCAAACCCACUCAAUUUUGCAGUUUUAACUGGUUCAUCUACCGCCUAUUCAGGUAAAAAAACCAAUGGUGCUUCAACUAAAUUAAUGGGCAAAUCAUGUGGUUUAGUUUCAUCAUUACAAGCUCGUAAUAAUGCCAGAGUUACUUUUUCAGGUUCAAUCGAAUUAUUCACCGAUAAAUCAUUUGGUACCACUUUAGAAAAAAAUCAAUCAGGUAAUAAAGAAUUUGUUGAAAAUUUAGUUUCAUGGACAUUCCAAGAAAGAGGUAUUCUUAGAUCAAGCCAAUUAGAAUUGGUUAAAAUUUCAACUGAAUCAAACUCAACUGUUGCCCCAGAUGUAUUCACAAUCAAAGAUGAAGUUAGCUAUAGCCUCAAAGUUGAAGAAUAUGAUGGCGUUAAAAAUGAAUGGGUUCCAUACGUUUCACAAAUCCAACUUGAAGUCAUCAUGUUAGAUCCAUAUAUUCGUACUUUUAUUAAAGGUGACUCAAAAGGUAUCUACAAGAUUAACAUUAAACUUCCAGAUGUUUAUGGUGUUUUCACAUUUGAAGCCACCGUUCAAAAACCAGGUUAUGGUCAAUUAGAACACAUUAUCCGUAAACCAAUCGUCCCAUUCCGUCAUGACUCAUAUGAAAGAUUCAUUCCAGCUGCCUUCCCAUAUUAUGCUGCCUGUUUCUCAAUGAUUAUUGGUACUUUUAUUUUUAGUAUUAUUUUCCUUUUUAACAAAGAUCCAAAACACAUUCAAAUCUAA